AUGGGCUGUAAUCCAUCGAGACCUCUCAAUGGCUCACAGACAGACGUAGACCAGAACCUGUCCACGCACUUUCCGCUCACCGUAACUCGUCCGCCUGGAUACUCAUACAAUGAGCACAACGAAGCGUGUCGCCUUCUACGGCCUUGGGCUGUGCGAGGCGCAAAGUCCCGCAGCUUCAUGUUCGUUGUUCAUGUCAUCAAUAAUAGUUUGCUAGAUAGGUCGCAAGCACUUGCCCAGAUCAGGCUGCUGAGCCACUUGCAACAGCUCGCAUACAUCCAUAAGCUUCAGGUUUUGGUCAAGUGCCUGGACUACUUAUCUGAUACCGAUAAUGACCCAUCCGCGGCGGACGAGAAACGACUCUAUCAGGGCAUGCUAGCAGCGCGAUCCAAGACAGAAAUGAUCCGUCUGUGGGACGACAGACCGCCGCCGGCUAGUUCUCCGAGCCCCGAAGAAACCACAACUGCCGAGCAUCGCAUCAGCGCCGUCAUCGACCACGUUCGACAUAGUCGGGAUGUAGGCGACGUAGAUAUCAAACACCAAGUAGAACCAGAGAUCGUUGUCGCCCUCUCUCGUUUUGCCAAGAGCUGGAGCCUGGACGACUUCAUGGAUGCGCACGAAAAGAUCAUGGGCGAGCCGCCGACGUUGCAUGCGGCUGGCAUCUCGAAGCUCCAGGCCCAGUUCAUACUGCAAG